GAAUGGUCAACACCACUUGACAGCACCUGGACGCCGCGAAGGAUUCCCGGAUGAGUCUGCCAAUAUGUUGAAGGCUGGGCGAUAGCGCAUGUCGUGAGGGAGGUCGGACAGGGACCCAGCUCUACAACUGACCCAAACAAGCCAUGACGUAAGACAAACGACUCGCUCCGAGGCGUCUUCCACUACGGCACACGACCGUCUGGUUAGUACGUGGGAGCAUUACCAGAGCCUCCGCCAUGCUUCCACGGCGCCUGCAACCAUCGCGAUCAGGUGAUCCGUAUCUCUGUCACGUCGCGCCUUCUUGAAGCGACAUCUAGGCACCGAUCGACAACGCUGUCCUCCACGUUGCUUCUUCCCAGCGCCAACCAGUUCCCGGAGGUCCGUCAUGGACACUGCGCCGGCCGAUGGACAAGGCAUUCACCCUCAACUUCGCCAGAGGAUGUUGAACCGCGCCGCCACGUUUGCUGAGGGUGCGCGGCCUUCCACUCCACCUACAGCACCCCCUCGACGCCGCAGUUCCCUCGUUUCCGACCUGUCCGACUCGCGCUAUUCGUUGCGAUCGUCUAGCGACAGCCUGCUCAGAACGAGUGGGAGGAAUGACAUGGACAAACAUGCGACUUCGGAUGAGCCGUCACGGUGGCUUGCGCUGCCUGUUGUGGCUGCCGUCGUGCCUGCCAUCAUUGGGCUGACAGUAGACAACGGCGCAGACGUCGCUACAGACGUUUUGAUACUGGUAUUAGCGGGGUGGUUUCUACAUUGGAGUGUCAAAGUACCAUGGGACUGGUACCAUGAAGCACAGCAACGACGAUACCUAAACGACGAUGUAGAUGACGCGACAUACGACGACACGAUACAUGAGGAAGACGAGGAUGCGCCGGAGAGCAUUGAGGAGCCUGUAGGAGAGUCGCAAGAUCCAAAGCUCCACACUACAAUCAACGCGCCGGCCUCGCAAGCGCAGAAAGAAGCCCGCGAAGCAUUGAAGCGAUCAGAGAUGCUAGCAUUCGUUGGCUGCUUCCUAGGUCCUCUACUCGGCGCCCUGCUCAUGCACACCAUUCGCGGCCAACUCAUGCGCGCCGAAGGCAUAGUAUCCGACGCCAACCUCAGUAUAUUCCUUCUCAUCGCAGAGAUUCCACCCGUUAACCGCCUGAUCAAGAUGCGGACAGAGCGCAUUCUCCACCUCCAGCGCAUCGUCCGAGAAGCUCCAAGGGAGCCAGUUCGAUCAGCAGACACACAACAACUCUCACAGCGGAUAUCCGAACUAGAGGGUCGCGUCGAUGGCGUGCAAACCACCAAUAACAAUAACAACGAGGUAGACGUAGAGAAACUCAGCGCAGAAGUCCGACAAACAACCCAACUCCAACUCGAUGCUCUAAACCGCGCAGUCAGGCGUUACGAAAAGAGACACAUGGCACAAUCUUUGCAAAUCGAAGCCCGCUUUCAAGAUCUAGAAGCACGACUGAAAGAUGCACUUGCCCUGGCUGCCGCAGCUGCCAGGACUGGUCAGCGGCCCGGCGUGAUUGCUAUGACGCUGAGCUGGAUUGCUGGUACUAUCAGCUACAUGUUGCAGGUGGCUUGGGACGUUGUCAUGUAUCCCUUCCGUACAGCGAUUAUUGCGGUUUCAAUGGCUAAGAGUCUGUUUGUGAGAGACGAGCGGCGGGUGAGACGGAAGGGGAAGGGUGGUGGAGCAGCGCAAAUGAAUGGGCACAUGGGUGUCGCGACAGGAAGGCUGCAGGCGAAACCUGCGCGAUAGAUUACUCUCCUCUAUUAAUACACCUAUUUCGAUUCCUUC